GCCUCCUCUUUCAUUCGCUGCCUUUCUCUCUCUGUGUGUGUGUGUGUGUGUGUGUGUGAGACGCAUCCAUACCAAAAUCCCCUCACUCAUUCAGCUCAUGUUCCCGCACCUUUUCGCCGGAUCUACUUACAUAAUUGCCUUAUUUAAGAAGAAGAAACAUUCUGACGUCCUCGCGACGUUUUUAACGAUGCACACAUAAGAGGCGGAACAUGGGAGCAAGAGGAGCAGAAAGAAAUCUGAUCCAUCCCUACAGCCAACUUGACAAAGACUUUGUUAACUAUUUUAUAAAAUAAAUAUGGAGAAAAUUAUUAAAGAAUUUGGAUGCCACCCACCUCGCUUGGCUGGCCGUUAGAGGUUGAGCGCCUAAAGUCUUUCCUCUGCCUACAUCCCCCAGAAUGCUGUGCAGUUCUGAAUCAGAGGGUGUCAUAGCUUCAUCCAUCCACCUUGAAGAGCUCCUCUCUGGGCUUCCUCUCCCCGUCAGAAACCCUUGUGCCAUGCAGGAGGUAUAACCCUCCACUCUUUUCUUCUUUGUGUGCCACGGAAACCCUAAGCCAAGCCAAGAUGUCAGGCACCGACCCAUCAUUGCCGACAGACCCCCAGCUGCCUUUGACGUCCCCCCGCGCUCCCCUGCAGCUUUCUUUUCCUUUCCUGAGGGAAGGCAGCCGUGUUUGGGAGAGGGAGAGGAAACCACCUCAGCCUGGAGAGCUACCCAGCCCACUGCCAACAAAACGCACACGCACAUACUCAGCGACGGUACGAGCCAGAUCAGGUCCUGUAUUUAAGGGUGUGUGUAAAAACUUUUCCAGAUCUCAGGGUCAUGGAUUCAUCCGUCCUUCUCAUGGAGGAGAGGACAUCUUCGUUCACAUUUCUGACAUUGACGGGGAGUACGUGCCUAUGGAAGGAGACGAGGUCACAUACAAGGUGUGUCCGAUCCCCCCCAAGAACCAGAAAGUCCAGGCUGUGGAAGUGGUCAUCACCCACCUGAACCCAGGCACCAAGCACGAGACCUGGUCGGGUCAGAUCAUCAGCUCCUAGACGAGCGCGUCGGGCAUCACGGCGAGAACGUAACCGAGGAUUUUAGGGUUUUUUUAAUUUUAGGUUUUAUGUUUUUGUGGUGUGGCAGAUAGGAUCAGGCACGGGUUAGGGUUAGGCCAAAAUGAGCUUAGAUCAAACAGGAAACGGUUUUGGCUCAUUUACUGCCAGAGGGAACCAUGUGACUUACAAAUUCAAGGGACCAGCUUGCUAGAGCUAUUUUCUUUACUUUCAUGCUGGAAACUGGCGCACAUUGUGCUGCCAAAUCUAAAAAAAUUAAAUUAAAUUAAACACACACAGUAUAUUUACCCUUCUGUUUUUUUCUGUUUAGACUCCAUGUUUUAGGGAGAAAAAACUAGUUGUUUUCACAGAUGCUUUUUUUUCUUCUUCUAACAUUACAAGAACAUAUCCAUAAAUCAAAACCUUAUUAAGGUUGUUCUUUAUGCCGGUAAACCACCAAGUGAGUGUACUCACACAAGCAGUUUGGUUUCACAGACAUCCUGUUUGUUCUAAAGAUGUUUUGGCCUCAGCAGCUGUGUUGAGCCUGACAAUUUAGGAAUAUUUUUUUCCAGUAUCGUAGCACUUUCUGCAGAUAAGGGUGGAAGUCCAGUUUUGGUGUAGCCAGCUCCUAUGACGGUCAUACGUUUUCUGUGGGAGAGACAGUAUAAUGUUAUUAGCCGGCAGCUGGAAAACAAGGCCAGAGGGAGGAACAUGGCGACAGUAACAGGUCCUGAGUAAGGGUAGGAGAUGAAGUGAAGGAAUGAGCAGUGAUGCAGCUAUUUAGGGAAUGUAAGGAAGGGAUAUAAAGAUUCAAGUCAGCACAUUGUAAACCAUUGUUCACAACCUGAAAGUGAACUCAAAAGAAAUAGUUUGAGAUUUUGAAGAAACACACUGUUUUGCUAGAGGAAAUUAUCUUAGUUGCUACGUGGCUUACUAGCAGCUAUAGUUAGCUUAAACUAAGCUGUUAGUUUAAGCUAACUAUAUCUAGUUUAAGCUGCCCAUGGCUAGUUAGCUUAGUUUAACAUAGCAUUUAAAACUCUAAAAAUAUUAUUUUGAAUUAAUAAUACAAGAAACUUAGCUUAAUGUCUCAUCUUUAAUCAAUAAAAUAAGAUAUUAAGCUAAGCUAGCUAGCAGGAAAUAAAAUUCAAUAGAAAGUUCAAAUGGAAAAUAUUUGCCAUUUCUGGACACUAGGCACAUUCAAUAAAAACAAACAAAAUGUCAUCACAAAAGAAGAAAAAGAUCCUAUUGUAAUUUUUUUUUUUUACUUGAUAAAAGGAAACAGCUAAGCUAAGCUUAGCAGCUGAAGUCAGAGUAUUUUACCCACAACAGCAAAAUGUUGCCUAUUCUGAACAUCAGACACAUUAACACAUAGAACUCUGUCAGUAUCAUUUUGAACCAGAAACUCACCAUAGCAUUGAAUCAUUUGUCAGAAGAUAAUGCUAAGCUAAACUAACUACAGCCAGCGAUUUACACAUGUUCUACAGCAAAUCGGAAAAAAAAGCCUUUUUUGAUCAUCUACCACAUAUAAAUGUAUUUUUAGAUAUCAUUUGGAAUCUCAAACUAAGCAUAGUGUUUGAUAUUUAAUUGACAAAGCAAACAGCAUACUGUUGCUAAGCUAAUUAGCUGCCUUAUGUAGCGUAUGUUAAACGUAAAAGCAGCUAUUUUUGUUUAGUUCUUGCCAAGUCAGCAAAUAAGCAUAUUUAAUUACUGAACUAGUUCUGACACAUUGUUGCUGAAAGAAAACAGCUGUUCUGGUUUUAAUAAAAAAAAUCUUGAUUUCCUGACAUUGUUACAGCAUUAUGUACAUCUUAUGUACAAUCUAAUUGUUACAAUAAAAAAUAAACACAUUUUUAAUUUUUACCUUAAAAUAAUAAACACCAGAUUUUUUUCUUGUUUGUUUUUUUGGAAGUUUCUGAUGUCACAUAAAGGCUGUGAAACAGACAAUAAAAACACAGGUAAAGCUUCCAGAUGUAAGAAAAAAAAAAUCUAUGUACUUAUUUAUUUUCAUUUGUAACUAUAAAAAAUAGGUUUAGCAAUUAAACACUGUAUUUCUAUGUAUUUGUGUAAUUUUAAGCUGUUUAAACACUGCACAUCUCACUCUGAUGAUCCUUCCCUGCUAAAAUCUCCUUCCUACUAUCAUGUUAUCUUAAAAAAAAAAGAGAAUAAACCUCAACACAAGUUUCGAAUUUAUACUUUCUCUUUGUCUAACUUUUAAUAACUAAAUGAUGUCCAAGAUACCAUGCAGACUUUCGCCAAGUUCUUUACGAGUUGUAUGUUUAGUUGAGAAUGUGCUAAUUCAGUUUCAUCAUGCAGUAACCCAGGCGAAGCCUUUAGAGGGAGCUGUUGUCUCAUCUCUCAUCCUUCCUGGAUUUUUCACUUUUAGAGUGAGCUAAUAUCACAGUAGUACUCUGUUGGAUGUCUGUACUGUGGAGAGAAAAAAGUUUGAUUGUGUUUUUGGAGCACUUUUACUUUUUUAUUUUUUUGUCAGAUCACUGUGAUACUUGUCGUUUCUUGUUUAAACAUUAAAUAAAGCUUACAGCUGCAUACACA